AAGACCAUCAGAUAGAAAGAGAGAGAGAGAGAGAGAGAGAGAAAGAAAAGAGAAGAAACGAAGAGAGAGGGAGAGAGAGCAAAAAUGGUUCUUCUUGAAAAGCUUUGGGAUGAUAUUGUCGCCGGACCUCAGCCGGAACGCGGCCUCGGCAGGCUUAGGAAGGUGUCUCCUAGGCCCUUGAAUGCAAAAGAAGGGGAAGGAGAGUCGAGCAAGUUGGCGAUGCCGAUGAGCCCGGGAACACCAGGAACCCCAGGAACCCCAGGCACACCAGUAUCUGCUCGUGCUAAAGACAACGUUUGGAGGAGUGUUUUCCACCCUGGUAGCAACCUUGCCUCCAAAUCCAUGGGUAACCAGGUUUUCGACAAGCCACAGCCCAACUCUCCCACUGUCUACGACUGGCUCUACAGUGGGGAGACCAGGAGCAAGCAUCAUCGUUAAGGUGAUGAACAAACAACUGAACUGACCAGCAGCCACCGGGGGUUGCAUGUAAAUAGUGAACAUUUUCAUCUCAGUGUUUGCCACGUGCCCCAAUGAGGGUUUUCCGAUGGCUAUGUGAUUAGGUGUCCUUUUGAAUUUUCUAACUAGGGCUUCCUCAGAGAGAGAGAGCUCACUGUCUUAGACUCUUAGGCGUUAUGAAAUGUGAGUGAGAUUGUAUGAACACUUGUGCGGUGAUGAUGACUCUUUGUUGGUCAGAUCUACCGUUGGAUGGUGGUGAGGAGUUGCUGUCGUGUUUUACUAUAAUUAAAUAAAUAAAUAUUAUUUUCUAUGUUAUUAAA